AUGCAUCUGGAAAUCAGAGGAAAUGGGGAGGGCUACUCUAAGUGUGUGAGUUCCCUGUUUGUACAGGGUUGCACAGGGUUCCACUCUGUUAUUGCACAUUCAAAGAUAAAGGUUGCUCCCUUUGCUCCAAGAGAGAUGAAUCCUCACGAGGACGGCCCCUUGUUCUACCCAACCAUCACCACUAUAAGCCUGGGGGGUCCCUGUCAGCUCAACCUUUACCGUCCUCACACCCCCUUGCAAAAUCACAAUGAGGAACAGGCUACAGGUACAGAGAAUGGUGAGCAGAAUGGCGAGCAGGAAAGCAACAACUUGGAGUACGACUUGGAAGCUCGCUACGUGGGCUCUCUCCUCCUAGAAGCGAGGAGUCUCUUGGUGCUGCAGGAAGAUCUCUACACGACUUUCCUACAUGGCAUUGAGGAGACCAAGCAGGAUGUGGUGACAAACAAGAUCCUCAACCUAGAGUCCUGCACAGCGAAUGUCGGAGAGACGGUGGAACGCAGCACGAGGAUCUCGCUCACCAUCAGACACGUUCCGAGGGUCAUUAAGGCUAAACUCCUGCUGGGGAAGAGCAGACGAUGAUAAUGAAGGACUGACAGAAAGAGAAAAAGGAAGAGGGCAAACACUGACAGAAAGAGAAAAAGGAAGAGGGCAAACACUGACAGAAAGAGAAAAAGGAAGAGGGCAAACACUGACAGAAAGAGAAAAAGGAAAGGGCAAACACUAACAGAAAGAGAAAAAGGAAGAGGGCAAACACUGAGAGAAAGAGAAAAGGGAAGAGGGCAAACACUGACAGAAAGAGAAAAAGGAAAGGGCAAACACCGAUAGAAAGAAGAAAAGGAAGGGUAAAUGGUGGUGCUGAAAGAAAAAAGUAGGGCAGACCCUGAUGAAAAUGGAAAAAAGGAAGAGCAUGUAGUAAUAAAUCAGGAGAAUGGAUAGCAGACACUGAUGAAAGCUUGAAUAAAGGAAAAACUGAAGGAGGACGAGGAAUGAAAUUUGUUAUUAGCAUUAGUUUUUUUUAUAUUUAAAAUGCUAAGGAAAAUUAUUUAUUACUGUGAUAAUGCCUGUGAUUAUGAACUCUAAUGUUUGAAAUAAAGAAGGACUUGACUAGA